UGAAUGCAACUACCGAAUCAGUGUAAAUUGAGUGUUUAUAUGGACGAUAUUUACAGGUAAAAAUGGCACUGACCGCUGAUCUGACGAUACAACUAUAAUGGCUAGUGAGGAUUUAAUACCAAAAACAGCUAAGAAUGGCACAAAAUCUUCAAAAUCAAGAAAAUGUUGUGUCUGGAUAUGCCAAAUCACAUCGGAAGCAUUCCUUGAGGAAGAAGAUUUACUUCAUUAUAUUGGUCGAAUUGAAUCAACUGUUAGCAAAUCAGCUAUUGGUGCAGUAUUGUUAAUUCUCAGCUAUGCUCUAUCGAUUAUGUCUCUUGCCAUUGGUUUUUUACGCAUAGGAACUUGUCAAUGCCAACCAGUUUUGCCGAUAUUUCUUAUUGUGCAUGGAUCUGCGAUGUGUGUUCGUAGUUUAUUUGAAACUGGAAAAUUAUGUAAACAAACAAAGCGGGAAGAUGCUUCUUCUAAUGCAUGUUCUCCGUUGCAAACAUUGAGCAAGAUAUCCAGUGUUCUUGUUGCUUUCUGGACCAUUACAGGAUCAGUAUGGGUGUUUAGCAUCGUUACAGAGGUGAAUGUGAAUGAAGCUAACAAUAUGAACUACUGUGAUCCAAUGCUUUACUGGUACUCUCUAGUACUUGUUUCCGUUAUCUUAACAGGACUGAUACUGAAAGCAAUAUUUUUAUUGGUCAUCAGUUUAGUAUAUUGUAGAUACGAAGAUAGGUCAUGGUACUCCGAACUAAUGGCUGACAAUUUGGGUGCGUUUGUAUAACUAUAUUCUUGAAAUGAAUUAUCAUAUGUAUAUAUAAAUAUUUAUUUAUUUACUUAUUUAUUUUUAAUAAAUAGUGAUAACAAUACUCAAAAAAAUUCGACGGGAACUUUCUAAUAAAUCUUGGAAUGUCAUCUCAGUCAAGAUCAAGAUAUAAAGAUAUAAUUUUUUUCUCACAAAAUGAUGAUAACAGCGCGUUUUUUAUAUGAAAAGCGAUAAGAUCCUUUUGGAAAAAAGCUAUAUAAUAACAACUUAGUGUAAUGAACAAAAAUAGUAAAAUUCAGUCACACCUUUCAAAAGCCGUUAGCAUGUGUUUGUUCGUCGCUAAUUCUGACUUACUUCCUAAUGCAGAUGUGAAUAUCACUCUUAAAGGAGUCUAGUGAAUCAUCUUAUUCCCAAUCAAAAGACGAUAAUUGUUUACUUCAUUUACAGAGGGAAUAUUUUUUAUUGAAUUAUAACCUACGUUCUAAACAAAUUGUCAUGUAUUAACUGCAAUAACAUUUUCCAUCCAGUAAAAUGUCAAGUGGUGUGUGACAUUUAGCGUGAUGAAUAAAAUCUCUUCAUGAUCAAAUCAAAUUUAUUUCAUAUUUACGGAGACAUAUAAAAAUUUAGCAAUUUGUAAAGAACGAUUUCAAUUUUAGCAGUCUUGUGAUCUUUUUGAUUCUAGUUUUUUUUCAAAAUCCUGUACUACAAUGUUCAAGCCAUAUAACCUGGCAUAUUAUAUAUUUAUAUUCUAGUAUAGUAUUUAUAAGUUGAUAUUAUUGAUGAUACAUGUAACCAAUAAAUGGUGCUCUGAUGGUUGUACAUUCAUGAAGAAUUAUCAAACUAUUGAUUAUAUAAUUGUUGAAAAUUUUUUUCAUGUUUUCUAAUAUUUAAUCAUGUUUAAUAAACGAAAGAACUGUAACGUUAAA